UCAUCUUCUUUCUUUCUUCUUCUUUAUUGAGUAUAAAAAUGGGGGGGGGGAUCAGUGUGAGACUUAGAAACAAAUUCUGUAAACCAAUUCAAAGAGAAAGAAAUGAGAGAAGAUCAAAUCAAAUCAGAGAUGGAUUGGUUCUCAUGGCUUUCAAAAACAUCUCUCCAUCCAUCUUUAGUCUACGAAUACGGCCUUGCCCUAGCCAACAACGAGCUCGAAUACGAAGACAUUCUCUAUUUCAACCAUGAAUUUCUCCAAAGCAUCGGAAUCUCCAUAGCCAAACACCGUCUAGAGAUUCUUAAGCUUGUUCGUAAGGAAAACGCUCUCCACCCUCGUCCAAUCACUCGUAUUCUCCUCGCUCUCAAGAAAACCAAACGCCGGUUCGCAAAUCUCAUACGAAACUUCACUCAUCACGAUGAUCAAUUAGAAGAAUCCAAAGCCCUAGUUCUUGUUCCUAAAUCAAGUUACGCCGCUAAGAUUCUGAAGAGGAACAAGACAUUUAGCGUGGGGAAAACGCAGGGGAGGUUUCUUCUUACCAAUGGAAGUCCGGAUCAUGAUGUAAAGAUUGGGCGGCGGAUUCAACACUUUUCCGGUCCGAUCUUGUACGAUGUACGGUCGUCGGCGGCGGCGGAGGAGGAGAAGAAGAAGGAGGGCGUUGAGGAAAUCAGGUGGGAUGCAAUGUUUCAGAAUUUGAAACCUACUUGAAAAUAAAAUUCAUGGAAUUUUCAACAAAAUUGUUGUUUUUGUUUAAUUUGUUAACAACUUAGGGUUAAUUUUGAAUGGUGAGAGAUAGGUUUUUUGUGUUCUUCCACCAUUAGAUUGGAUUUCCAUUUUUUGUUUUUGUUUUGGGAAGUGGUGGGUCUUAGGAGAAGACAAGCUUUAGGAAGAAGGGUUUGAUUUAGAAUGAUGAUGAUCAUUGUGUUCUUUUUUACUUUCUUGAAGAUGAAUAUUUAAUCGAUGUCUGCCUUUAUUAGGUUAAGACUUAAAGAGAGAUAUAAUUGAUUUUGGUGUUUUUUAGAAGAUUUUUAUGGUAAUGUAAUCUCUGCCAAACCCAGCUUUUGUUCUUGUGGUUUGAGCUUUGUAAUAAUCUAAUUAAUACAUCUUACUUUUCAUUCUUUAUUA